CCGGGAGCGGGCCUCAAGGGAACCUAGAGUUCCUGAGACUCUUCCCAGUGCUAGGGCACCGUGGAUGCUAGGGCGCUUGCGCGUGGGGCGCUCGGUCCCCCGGGCGGGUAGGAGCGCGCCCCGCGUCGUGCUCAGACUUCUUCCGCGACCGCAGCUCGUCGCGCGCGCCCCUCCCGGGCGUCCUCGCUCCGGCGUCCUGGCUGCCAGUGCCGUGGCCUGGCUGCUCCUCUGGGCAGCUUGGCUAGUCGGCGCGCUCGCCUCGAACUUCAGCGACGCCCCCUUCGGUGGUGGUAUAAGGGCCAUAUGUUCUGAAAUUAUUUUGAGGCAAGAAUUUUUGAAAGAUGGUUUCCACAGAGACCUUUUAAUAAAAGUGAAAUUUGGAGAAAGCAUCGAGGACUUACAGACAUGCCGGCUCUUAAUUAAACAUUACAUUCCAACAGGACUUUUUGUGGAUCCAUAUGAGUUGGCUUCAUUACGAGAGAGAAACAUAACAGAGGCAGUGAUGGUAUCAGAAAGUUUUAAUAUAGAAGCCCCCAACUAUUUGUCCAAAGAGUCUGAAGUCCUCAUUUAUGCCCGGCAAGAUGCACAGUGCAUCGACUGCUUCCAGGCCUUUCUGCCUGUGCACUAUCGCUAUCACCGGCCACAUAGGAAAGAUGGAGACACCCUGAUUGUGCUCAACAACCCAGAUUUAUUGAUGUACUGUGACCAAGAGUUCCCAAUUUUGAAAUGCUGGUCUCAGUCAGAAGUCGCAGCUCCCUGUGCUCUGAGGAGUGAGGAGAUCUGUCGGUGGAGAAACAUGCACUAUAAAUCAAUACUUAAGAAUCUGACCCUGCAGGUGCCGGUGGGGCUGACUCUGCACACCCCUCUUGUGUGCUCUGUGACCCUGCUCAUUACCAUCCUCUGCUCUAUGUUGAUCCUUGUAGCUGUUUUCAAAUAUGGCCAUUUCUCCCUGUGAGUUUUAUACAGUUAUGUGUUUUCUAUGAGCCUAAUAAAUGAGACCUAUUCAUUUGUGACAAGAAGUGUUCU